CAGACGAAUCGAUAAAUUGCAUUCAUGUCUAGACUACGAGUACACCUACGUGCGUGUACAGUAACUUGUACGAAAGUACUUUCGUACCUUCGUACGAAUGUAGUACACGUACACAUACAGUAAAACGUACGAAGGUACUUUAGUACUUUCGUACUUUCGUACUUUCGUACGAAAGUACUUUCGUACUUUCGUACGAAAGUACUUUCAGGGCUGCCACAGAGGCACGACUUCAAGCAAACCUUGUCCUUCUUUCCAUAAAUAGAGCACGGACUCGCUAUUCAACGCGGGUAUGAAGGUCGUCAGCUUGUUUUCCGGCAUAGGUGGUCUCGACCUAGGUCUAGAAGAAGCCGGGCACGAGGUCAUCAUGCAAGUAGAGAACGAUCCUCACUGCUUGCAGGUGUUACAGCGGCACUUUCCUGGAAGAGAACUUCGUCGCGACGUAGCUGAGCUUUCAGACCUUCCUGCAGGAGCGCAAUUGCUCGCUGCAGGAUUCCCGUGCGAGGUCCGGCACACUUCUUUCCUUUUCCCCGAUUACCACGUUAUCUGUUGCCUUCACAGGACGUCAGCACGAUGAACCCAAGUCGGCCAGGUCUCCGAGAUGGUAUGCGCACCGCACUGUGUUCUCAUAUUUUUCGCCUGCUUCGCAGAACUCGCGUGCCUUGGGUUCUCUUGGAAAAUGUUCCGGGCUUGCUGACGUGGCAUCUUGCCAGUGAUCCACCUCAAGAACCUGCGAUAGCAUACAUCGUGCAAGAACUAGAAAGUUUGGGUUACAGCUGGGCCCACCGCGUUGUCAGCUUAUCUGCGUUUGGUUUACCGCAGCGACGCCGUCGCGUAUUCAUCGUCGCUUCUCUCCAUGGCGAUCCUCGAGACGUAAUUCUUUCGACAGAGAGCAUAUGUAAGGGACAGUGCAUCGAUGUGAGCAAAACAGACGGUGACAAAAGAUCUGCUGCUGAGUGUUAUGACUGCUUCAUGACACCUCCGCAUGUCACACCAAAGAUAUCCGUCACCUGUGUUGACCUUGCCGAGAAGCGAUUUUGUCCGCUAGCGCAUGAAAUAUGCACGUUGACUGCGUCAAAUGGGAGACGUCUGUGCAUGGUGGAAGAUCUAGGUGAAGGUAAAGGUCGUGCUUUCAGGUUUGAGGUCGAAGAUGCCGAGCGGUUAAGUGGCUUCCCAGUUGGUUGGACAGAGCCUUGUUUCCCUCUCAAGAUACCUGGCCGUCCGUGGAUGAGAGCGGCCAAUACUCAAUCGAGCUAUAUCAAACGAAUGGAAUUGCUUGGCCGCGCGGUCUCAGUACCGCAGGCUUACUGGAUAGGGCAACGACUCAUGAGCCCUUAUGAGAUUAAGUUUUCCCGAGAAUGUGAAGGGGUGAAGUUUUCUGAGCCAGUUCCCAGGCUUUCGAGUGUUGCGACAGAAAGUCACGAGAACGACACUCAACUUCACGCCUGGCCUUCAGCAGCAUGGAAUAUCAUUUCUUGCCCCGAAAAUAUCGAAUUGUCCACUACCCAUGACCCAAGUGGUUUAUUAUGGCGUGGCAGACGAGGCCUGCCUCGCGUGGCAGAGACACCAGAGAUUUGUUCAUUUACCCCAUUGGGCGAAUUUCUGUCUUCAGCACCACGUCAAGAAGUCGAUCCCGAUGCACUUUCAGGGUUCGUAUCGCGUGCUGUGGAACACGGCAUAAACUUGGAUCCGUUUGUCUCCCACGCCUUUGGGAUACGUGUUCCCGCCACGCCACACGCCAAACAAAGAAAGUCACCGAAACCCAAGGUUUCUGCAGAGCAAACUGAGGGUGAGCAUGCCGGGAAGGUUGUUUGGAUCCCCACAAAAAUUAGCAAGACGGCGUGUUUUUGGCCUGGAAUCGCUCUGCAUCUGGACGAGGAUCGAGACG